CUCCCCCACCUCACCGCCCUGGCCACCCGCCUGGCCCGAGUGGAUCAGUUCUACGACAGCGUAGGGGGCCUUAUGGGGUACCAGAUAAAGAGCUUGCAGCUCAUUCUGCAGCACCACCAGUUAUCUCACCCCCUCCACCAAGGCCCCCCCCCACCACCACCGCCACCUCCACCACCACCUCGGGUUACGUUCCACGUACCUCGCGGCAUGGACCUGGCGGGGGAGUGCGGCAGCGGGGUGGGGCUGGCGGCGGCGGCUCAGGGCCUCGCCUCCCUGCCCUUCAUGGCGGAGAUCUACCCCGUGGGGGGGGCAGGGGACCGCCUGGGGCUGGUGGACGAGACGACGGGGGAGAGUCUGCCGGCGGCGAUGCUGCCGUACGCCGGUCGUACACUGCUGGAGGUGCUCAUUCGGGACUUGCAGGCUCGUGAGUACUUAUAUUUCCAGCUCACGGGGCGGCAGGUGACCACCCCGGUAGCCAUCAUGACGUCGGACGCCAAGGGAAAUCACGACAGGGUGUCCCGGCUGCUGGCGGACCUGCAGUGGGGCGGGCGGGGCCCGGAGGCGUUUCGCCUGUUUAGGCAACCCAUGGUGCCGGUGGUGGGCGUGGAGGACGGCAGGUGGCUCCUGAGCCGACCCCUGGGUCCCAUGAUGAAGCCCGGAGGCCACGGAGCCAUAUGGAAGCUUAUGUGGGAUGAGGGCGUGUUUGAGUGGCUCACAAAGCGACACGGCCGCCGCGCCGCGCUUGUACGGCAAAUCUCAAAUCCAAUGGCGGGCACUGACACGACGUUGCUCGCGCUGGCGGGCGCGGGUUUCGCGCGACGAGGCGGCGGCGCCGCAGCAUUCGGUUUUAUGAGCUGCGAACGCGCGGUUGGAGCGGCGGAGGGUAUGAAUGUACUGCAGGAACGGCGGCGGUGGGUGCCGGCGGCAGAGGGCGGCGACGGCGGGCGCUGGGUGUACGAAUACGGCGUGACGAAUGUGGAGUACACUGAGUUUGAGCGGCUGGGAUUGAGUGACGAGGCGGUGUCGGCCAACUCCAAGACGUCGGUGUUUCCUGCAAAUACGAACGUGCUGUACGUCGGACUGUACGGCGCGAAACGGAUUGCGGUCGCCAACGGUGACGGCGAGCAGCUGUUACCGGGCCUUAUCUUCAAUCUCAACAAGAAAGUAUCGUACACCAAUCCGCUGGAUGGCAGUACCCGUCAGAUCACGGCAGGCCGCAUGGAGAGCACGAUGCAGAACCUGGCGGACUUCCUCACCGACCGGUUCGACCGACCCAUGGACCCGCAGGAUCUGUCCACCUUCCUGGUUUCCAACCUCCGCCGCAAGGUGACGUCCUCCGCCAAGAAGCGCCGCCAGCCCGGAUCAGCCCGCAUCGCCCAGACCCCGGACGGCUCCUUCUACGACCUGCAGCGGAACGCCUGGCAGCUGCUGCAGCGCUGCGGCCUACAGAACGUGCCCGAGCCGGGCAGUCCAGAACAAUACCUGGAGAAGGGCCCUGGCUUCAUCUUCCUGUUCCACCCGGCUCUGGGGCCGCUGUGGGACGUCAUCAGCCAGAAAAUCGUGGGCGGCUCCAUGGCCCACGGUUCGGAACUGGUGCUGGAGGUCGCGGAGGCGCGGCUGCAGCAGCUGCACCUGGACGGCAGCCUGGAGGUGCGCGGCGCCGAUUCUGGCGGUGGCAUGUCGCCAGCUCCUGGAAGCGCGGGGCUGUUGCGCUACAGCCGACGCUGCGGGCGGGUUCAGCUGGUCAACGUGCGUGUGGUGAACGCCGGUAUUGAUUGGGAAGCUCCAGAUAACGUUUAUUGGAAGCACCAGGUCUCACGAAGGGAGUCGUGCAAGAUCGUACUGCUCGGCCAGUCGGAAUUCGAGGCGCAUGACGUCACCAUCUCCGGCGCCCAUACAUUUGUCGUACCAGACGGCUUCCGGCUCACCGUCACCGCCGCCGGCGACGGCGUCGGGGGGCUGCGUACUCAGCUGGCGCCGCUGCACCCCGCCGCCAGCCUGAUGCCCGGCUACGAGCCGUCGUGGGAUUGGAUCUAUUCCAUGGACACGGCGGGCGCGGUACGGCUGUCGUACGUGGGCGCGGCGCCACGUUCACCGGCGGCUGGCAUGGUGGCGACGGCGAUGGCGGCGGCGGAGCGGCGGGGGCAGUACGUCCUGGACUUCAACAUCUGA